GCUCGGGGCUUGUGGCGGCGCCCCCCGCCGCCCUCCCGCCCCGCCAUGGCCCUCUACCGCACCGAGCCCAGGGGCCGCCCCCGCUCGCCGCACUACCGCCUCUACUUCAAGAAUUCAGAGGGUCACUACAUUUCUCCUUUUCAUGAUAUUCCUUUGUUGGCUGAAUCGGAAGAGCAAAAGAACAUUCCACCGAAGAGAGCCCGCAUUGAUGGAGAUGAGACGGUGUUUAAUAUGGUGGUGGAAGUGCCACGCUGGACCAAUGCUAAAAUGGAGAUUGCCACGAAGGAGCCAUUGAAUCCUAUUAAGCAAGAUAUAAAGAAGGGCAAGCUACGAUAUGUGGCAAAUAUCUUCCCUCACAAGGGUUAUAUAUGGAAUUAUGGUGCCCUCCCACAGACUUGGGAAGAUCCCCACCACAAAGAUCACAACACCGCCUGCUGCGGGGAUAAUGAUCCUAUUGAUGUCUGUGAAAUAGGCUCAAAGGUUCACGCCCGCGGCGAGAUCGUCCGAGUGAAGAUCCUCGGUGCCUUGGCCCUGAUCGACGAGAGCGAGACGGAUUGGAAGUUAAUCGCUAUCAACGUGGCCGACCCCGACGCCCCCAAGUUCCACGAUAUCGAUGAUGUCAGGAAGUACAAGCCAGGAUACCUCGAAGCCACGCUGAACUGGUUCCGAUUUUAUAAGGUGCCAGAUGGAAAGCCAGAAAAUCGGUUCGGUUUUAACGGAGAGUUCAAAGACAAGGAUUUUGCUCAUGACGUCAUUAAAUCCACACACGAGUGUUGGAAAGCUUUGCUCCACAAAAAGGUCGACGGAGGGGCUAUAAAUUGCUUAAAUGUGCAGGUACAAGAUAGCCCGUUCCGCUGCAGCGCCGAGGAAGCCAGAUCGGUAGUACAGACGGCAUCUUCUUCAAUGGACCAAGAUCCCGUUUCCAAAGAAGAUGAUGGGUGGCACUUUCUCAGCAAGUAAUUGAAACGUCUCUUCCUCAAGCCUCCGGUCAGCGGCCCCCUCCCGCCUCCAGCGCUGCCCGUAGGAUUUGCCGGCUCCCCGUGAAUCGAGAGCGGAGAAUCGGAUUCUCGGAACUCCACGGCUCGUAAAUAAACCCGCGCGUUUUCAGCCACCGCGCUCUCAGCGCUACUUCAGGAUGGGCAAGGAUCUUCACAGAGCGGUGGCUGAUUUCCAGAAAACGUUAAAAACUCUCGGUGCCCGACCAUCUCCGACACCAAGAAAGAUCUCGGCAGGUUAUGGAUCGAUCAGUGGUCUUUAUUGAGCACUUUCCGAGCGCAGAGCACUGCACUGUACCCUGGGGAGUGUCCAGCACAAUACCGUCGGGAAACACGGUCACAGGAAACUUACGGUCUAGCGGGGAAGACAGCCAUUUGAAAUAGGGUGUGAAUGUAGAGUGUGGAAUUAUGUGUGGCUCAAGAUAUUCAUUCAAUAGUAUUUCAUUCAAUAGUAUUUAUUGAGCGCUUACUAUGUGCAGAGCACUGUACUGAGCGCUUGGAAUGAACAAGUCGGCAUAGGAUGGUGAUAGAGGGUAGGAAGUCAUGAGAAGGCACAGUUGGAAUUUAGAAAAAUCUUGAAGAUAGUGGACGGGGCAGACCGAAAAAUCGACGUUCACCGGAUU